CAAAUUUAUCUCAGUGCUCUACUUUGCCUGGUUUACUUUGUUGGAUCGGUACUUUUAGUCAAUACGUCAUCACAGUGGAAACCAGUUGGAUUCAUUUAGUGACAGAUUCUUAAGAAAAAGGUUGUCACUUGAUGAAUCUCAGAGGGUGCGGUGACCUGCCAGUCAGAGCCAGCCCAGGUUGUAAUUAGGUUCACUCCUGGUCAGUUAAUCAAGGUGAACUGUUGCCCCUAAUCCCAGGAUUAACUGUUGGAUCUAAUCCCAGGAUUAACAUUAGUGAACUGGGAACGCUGGUGGUGGGGGCAAGGAGCUGAAACUAUGUAGUGAUAGCAGAAAACAGACACAAGACAAUGGCUGAGCUGUUGUCUGUACAGGUACAGAUACCUGCACACCUGGGCAAGCUUCUGAGACCAGAGACCAAGAAGUUGCUAGGUGACAAUGGGACGAAAGAAAAAGGUCGCUCGUCCCACCUGGCUAAACACAAGCCAGUGGACAUCACGUUCAACAAUUUGUCUUACUUUGUUAAGGAGGGACACAGUAGGAAAGGUAAAAAAAUGAUCCUGAAGAAUAUAUCAGGGAGAUUUGUCUCUGGUGAGCUGACAGCCAUCAUGGGGCCAUCUGGUGCUGGCAAGUCUUCCUUGAUGAACAUUCUAGCUGGUUAUAGAACAAAGAAUGUGACCGGGUCUCUGUUGGUGCGUAACCGAGAGCGAGAUUUGAGGUCGUUCCGCAAGAUGUCGUGCUACAUCAUGCAAGAUGAUGAGCUCCUGCCACACCUGACGGUGGAGGAGGCUAUGAUGUGCUCGGCUAAUCUGAAACUUGAUGAGAAGUUGUCUCCCAUGGAGAAGCUGGAAAUGGUGGACGAGAUCCUGGACACAUUAAGCUUGAACGAGGCCAAGAAGACGCGGACAUCCAAUCUCUCUGGUGGACAGAGAAAGAGGCUGUCCAUAGCUCUAGAGCUGGUCAACAACCCUCCAAUCAUGUUUUUUGAUGAGCCAACAAGUGGGUUGGACAGUGCCUCAUGUUUCCAGUGUGUGUCUCUGUUAAAAAAAUUAGCUGAGGAGGGGAGGACAAUCAUCUGCACCAUCCACCAGCCCAGUGCAAAACUCUUUGAGAUGUUUAAUCAUUUGUACCUGCUAGUUGAUGGCCAGUGCAUCUAUCGAGGUACCAUCAAGGCUUUGCUGCCAUACUUCCAGGAACAGGGACUGGUGUGUCCCAACUACCACAACCCUGCUGAUUAUGUGAUGGAGGUGGCAGCUGGAGAGUAUGGUGAACAGAAUGUGGUCAUGUUGAUCCAAGCACUCAAUGAGGGCAAGUGUGACCAGGUGGAGACAGAGAGGCAGCAGUCUUGCAAUGGGGCUCACCUGGCUUCACUGCACUCAACUGAUGAAACGGCCACGCACGAGUCGGCCGUGCAACUCAACAAAAUGGCCUCGGCCCAGUCGGGCGAUGGCACCUCAGCAAACUGCGGUGACCGCAACAGUAAAUCAGAUGGCCGCCACUCCCCCUCCUGCCGGACCAAUGGCGCCUGUUUCCCCCAUCGGCACCAGGAUCAAGGAGAGAGUUGUGAGGUUAGUCAGCAUGAGAUAACCAUCUAUAGAGAUGAUGAUUUCCUGGACUUUCCCCCUGACCAGGAUUGUCACACCUUCAACACCAGCUGUCUGACACAGUUCAGGGUGCUGUUUAUACGCACGUUCAUGUCCAUAGUACGAGAUGCCACCUUGACCCGUCUGCGCCUCAUCUCCCACCUGACCGUGGGUAUCCUCAUUGGCUUGCUCUACCUGGGCAUCGGCAAUGAAGCGAGUAAAGUGUUCAACAAUGCUGGCUGCCUUUUCUUCUGUAUGCUUUUUCUUAUGUUCACAGCCCUCAUGCCUACAGUCUUGACAUUUCCAAUAGAGAUGACGGUGUUUGUGAGAGAACACCUGAACUAUUGGUACAGUCUCAAGGCCUACUACCUGGCCAAGACCAUGGCUGACAUGCCUUUUCAGAUCAUCUUCUCACUGGUAUAUGGCAGUAUUGUCUACUUCAUGACGUCACAGCCAAAUGACUUUAUGAGGUUCGUCAUGUUCCUGACCUUGUCAACACAGACGUCACUGGUGGCACAGAGCCUGGGGCUUUUAAUAGGGGCAGCUACGUCACUGCAGGUUGCGGUGUUCCUUGGUCCAGUGACGGCCAUCCCUAUCCUGCUAUUCAGUGGAUUCUUCGUCAACUUUGACACCAUACCUGCCUACCUGCAGUGGCUCUCCUACAUAUCUUACAUCAGGUACUCAUUUGAGGGGACUCUCCAGGCUAUUUAUGGUCUAGACCGGGGCGACCUGGAUUGUGAUGAGAACCACUGCAUCUUCCGCCAGGGGACAGACGUCCUGCGGGAGAUGGACGUGGAGGACGCCAGGUUCUACAUAGACUUUAUCGUUCUCUGCGGGUUCUUCGUGGUGCUGCGUGCGGGCUGUUACCUGGUCCUGAGGUGGCGGGUCAAGGCUCAGAGAUGAGAACAAAAAAAUUUUUCAUCAGGAUUUACGAGUUAUCCAUUGUGGAUAUUGUAUAAUAGUUGGAUGUGCGUCCACUUUGUUUGGUGGAUAUGUGUUGGAUUAUGUCAUGUUUGUACAGGAGUAAUGAUUCGUCUUCUCAACAUGUCCGGCACUGAGGCUGGUCAGUGAUUCCUGUACUGGAGUGGUCAGUAGUGCAGCUCUUUCUUUCAACCCACAGAGGUGGCUGGUAGCUUUAUCUGUGUCAUCAUGUCAAGAAGUGUAUAAAAACAAAACUUGUUACAGCAUAGCAAUUUCUAGUCUUUCUUGUGAUCAAGUGAAUGGCUUGUAUUAAUUUGUAAUUUGUAAACUUUGGAGUGGUGUCCCUUGAUGCACAAAAAAAAAACUUUCCUGAGUUUCAAUUUUUGUGGAAUUUUUAAAAUGACACGGAAAGAAGAGUGAUUUAACCCAGGGUAAUAACAAAUUGUGUUUUUACUCAAGAAAUUUUUAAAAAUUCAAAAUGAGAUUAUGUUUUUAUGGAAUUUGUUUCAAAGAAAAUAGAAUACGUAAUUGAACCCGUGGUUAAAACAAUGUUUUUACCAAACAUAUGUGCAAUAUGUUCUUCUUAAAGCAAGAACAUACAAAUAUUCUAAUACGGGAACGCAUGCAAAUAUAAAGACUUUAGUUUUACUUAGAAAAUUUUGUUCAAAGUUUAUGUUGAUUUGUUUUUAUCCAACUGUAUUUUUGUUUUAUUGCUGCUGGUCUAAAUAUACAUAGGCUCAACUCUAGACACACACAAACACUGACAUCUGAUGUCAUAUAACAAAUGUCAUAAAGAUGAUGUUGUACGGUUGAUGUCACAGAUUUGAUGACAUACAGUUGUUGUUGUCAUGUGUAAUGACAUGGUUGAUGUCAUAAGUUUGAAACUAAAGCUUUACAACUUGUUUAAUCAUUAUUUCUUCUGCCAUAUCUUUUGUUUUCCCAGUUUCUCUAUCACACCACUUCAGCUUUCUCGCUUUCCAUUUUUUUUGCUGCAUCAAGUUGCCAUAGAAAAUUAAAUUUUUCAUUUAUUUGCCUUUCUAAAAUUCAUGAAAUUACACUAUAAUAUUUCGUUGUAUUUCUUGAAAACUAAAGAGAAAUCUUACAGUAAAGUUUUCAACUUUGACCUUCACCAAACAAGGCCACUGUAAAUAUUUGUACAGUAUAUUUCUUCCCUAUUUCAAACUUUGAUUCCUGUUGUUUUGUUGAAUGACAGAUAUGGCAGUGAACAUUUGUCCCAUCCAGCUUCAAUGCCUAGAUGUAAUAUACUUUCUUAUUACUGUAAACCUACCAUUAGUACUAUGUAACAUUAUUUUUAUUAUCGUUCAUGAUUCAGCAGUUCUGGUAUUUACAUGAAAUAAUUUUUUUUACUGCAGUGGACUGGUCAAAUGUUGUUGACAGUUUAUUUGUAAGUCUCAGGUAUCAUGACAUACUCAUUAGAACAGCUCUGGUUCACCCCUCGGUGUUGGAGCUGUUCAUUUUAUCCUGCUCACACCUCACUUCACACCAAAAUUCAUGUGGAAAUCACGUGAGAUAUUGACAGGGUUAAAUUAUUAUUUUUUUGUUGUUAAGAAUGAAAAAUCACAUUUUUUAAAAAUUUGUUGUUGUUAAGGUUGUUUUUUAAAAUGUGUUUUAAAGUAGAGCCUGUCCUGAUACCCUGUAAAACAAUGUGUUUUUUAGUGUAGGUUCUUUCAUUCGGUGUAUUUUAAUGCAAGUCCUUUCCUGAUUAGAUUUGAUAAGCCAGGGUAGGAUGUUCUUGUCUCAAGCUUGUUCUAGCAUUACAUGGGUGGGGCUGGCUCUACAGGGGGUAAAAACCUCAUGUCAUAGCUUGUUGUUGGUUUUAUCUUUCAACUUUCUGCAUUUGAUCUUCAAUGUGUUCCUACGCUACUGUGUACUUCACUUCAUGACCAAGUUGACUUGACAGUCCUUCAGUGACUGAGUCUUUGACUCAUAAAAUUGACAGUCAUACAUUGUGACAAGACUUUGACCCAUAAAAUUGACAGUGUAACAUUUUGACAAGACCUUGACACAAGGACACGACAGCCCUACAUUUUGACAGUUUAAUAUAAUGACAGCUUUACGCCAUAUUUCCAUGCUGUUUCAAGUCAUUCAGUCUCUUCCUGGGACAGUGGCUAAACUCCCUUGACCACCAAAGUGGCAUAACUCAUCUGGUCACUUCCCCCAAUUGGUCCCAAUUUUUUGUAAAUAAAAUGUUUGUCUCUAGUGCAAAAUGUUAAUAUUUAUCUCUAAAAGAAAACGUUAAUGUUUGUCUCUAGUGCAAAAUGUUAAUAUUUAUCUCUAAAAGAAAAUGUUAAUGUUUGUCUCUAGUGCAAAAUGUGAAUAUUUGUAUUCAAGCACAAGACCAGAAAUGUUUACUUCUCCAUCAGUUACUGUACCCAGCACAAAUGAUUGUUUUAUUCUGUGCAUUAUGUUAUACAUGAACUGAUGACGUUAUUCAGCCUCUGCUGAUUGUUUUUUUUUAAGGCUGUUGUUUUAAUUUUUUCAUCUAGCUCCUGAAGUUUUUUUUUGUUUUGUUCAGCUACUGAUGAUAAAUUUAAUGGCUGUUUUUUUUUUUUUUUUUAAACUAAUGGCUGUGUUGUUUACCUUUUGAUUUUACUGUCUGCCUGCUCCUUGUUAAGCUUGUGUUCUUUCCCCUUGGUCAGUCACAUACAGACCCAAGCUCAGGGGGUCAGUGUUCGUUGUCUCCCUCUUAGGUAACCAUAGCAACAGCUCUCUUAUCCCUCCAAGAUUUGAAGGUCAUGACACGUGCACACAGUAUUGAAUGACAUUAUCACAUGUCUAUCAAAAUCAAAUUCAUUACAUUUUAAUGCUUCCAUUCUGUUCAUCAUGACUAAAUGUGUUAGGAGUUUUAUUUUAUCAGCUUGAAGCUACCAAAUGUUACUCCUAGCUUCUGUUUAAAUCAUUUUUACUGUGUUCAAAUACACCAUGUUUUUUAUAUCUUAUUUUCAGAGCUAAUAAUAAUAGAACAAAAUGCAUACUGUUGAUACAUUUUUUAUUUCUGAAUAGAUUAAAUUUAAAAAAAAAAAAACAGCAAAAUUAUUAGUAUAAAUAUUAGAAUUGGCAACAUACAUUUAAAAAACCUGGCAAGCUGAAUUUAGUACAGCUGAGUGGUGAUAUCCUGAUAUUUAUUUGUUACAUUAUUUUUCCUUAGCUGGCACAUGUGCUUCCCUUAAUUUUUCAAUGUUUUUCUUCAGUUGCAUUUCUUUUUUUAAACAGCCAUAGUGGCAUUUGUGCAACACUCAAUGCAAUUUUUAUAACAACUUCCUCAUAGUGUGGUGUGUUGUAUAAUGUGUCCUGUGCUGGUAGCUAGAGGUAAAGUUGUGCACAUUUUAUUUUACUUGUUUAGAACAAGUUAUAUAUGGGAGAUAAUGACAGAACAAAACAAUAGUAAGUUAUAUAUGGGAGAUAACUGCAUGCCUGGUAUGUUAGAUGUGACUAUUUUGUUAGUUUUUUUUAUUUAGUCUGCGCUGAUGUUUAUGAUCAAAAGGGUUAAGGGGCAUUAUGUGUAUCCAUAGCUUUGUGUUAUAUCAUCCAUAUAGCCUUAUUAUAUCAUUUAAACUUGACAUUUGUCCGUGUCAAUGUUCAAUGCUAUCUGGGGACAUGACUUUCCUAGCCGGUGUUUUGUUGCUGUUGGUGUUUUGUUGCUGUUAACGGUAACUAAAAAAAAAUCUUUUUUUUUUUUUUAGAAUUUUUUUAAAAUUUUAAUUUAUUGAUUUAAAAAAAAAUUUAUGAACAGUAAGACAUAAUAGUGAUUAAUCAUUUUAACAAAAUAUUUGGUACAUUUUUAGAUGCUUUUGGUAAAUAGCGAGACCAUCUUCUUACAACUUACUACAAGACUUGUCAUGUAGACUAUGUGUUAUCUCUCAUCAGUUCAUGUAAUGAUUGGCUUAAAGAGUUGAGUAAGUGGCGUGCCCCCAACUGGCAAACAUCAGCAGAUUUUGUGAUAAAAUCAACUAUGCUGUUAUAACUUUUAUAUAAAAUCAACAAUGCUGUUACAAUUUUUAUAUAAAAUCAACAAUGCUGUUAUAAUUUUUAUUUAUUAUUUUAAACGCGACUGCAGAUUUCUGUAGUUUUACUUGGUUUUUAUCGUAAAGUACAUUAGCAGAUGAAUGUCUUUUUUCUUAUGUCUCAGUGUUUGUAUACUUGAUGAUGGUUGGUUGAGUUUUCUAAAGAUGAAUCUAGUCAUAGCUGAUGUCUUUUUGAAUUGUAUUUAUAUCAAGCAUUAUCACCCGCUGUUUUUAGCUCUUUUUUUUUCUGCUUUGUUGGGUUAUUUUUUGUUUUUAUUUGGUGAUGUAAUUGUUGUAUUGUGGAAACAGUGUGAGUGUGUGUGCCAUUGUACUAUUUUGUGUUGAACUAAGCUUUGUUAACGUCUCUCAUCAGAUCUCAAUCUGCCAGUAUUGAUCAAACACAAUCAUGUAAAAGUUAUGUCCCUUGUUUUAAGUUUAGAUAUAUUUUCUUGUCACCAUCGGCAACAGUUGAAUGGUUCACGUAACAACAAAGUUGUGUUAAAAUCAACAACUGGUGUAUUUUUUAAAAAAAUGACCAAAUUUUUAUUUCAGUUGUCAAGAAUUAAAACUUGACAAGCCUUCCUGUGCCAACUUGCUUUAGUAAUUUUUAUUUGUCCCUGCAGUUGUUUGUAAAAGCUGACUUGUGUAGGUUAUCUCCCCUGCCUUAUUAGUUCUCAUGCAUUCACCUGUAGAAAAUGGUUACAAAUAAUUUAUGUAUUGUUACAAAAUGUAUGUAUUUUUUAUCUGUUUGUUACCAUCUAUCUGGUCAUUGUGUUUAUACAUUACAAUGCGAACUUGUAGGCUGUGUAAUUUGUUCUGUUGCCAUGGCAACAUUGUUUACCUUCAGCUUGCAUCAGCACCACACAUAUUUGCAUGUUAGGGUUUAGGUUAUAGGGAACAUAAGAUGUUUACCAGCUAGUUUAAGUCAGUAAAUGUUAGGGUUUAGGUUAUAGCUACUCUCAGAUGGUUAGUAGUUUAUCCAACCAUUUUUCUUCAUCAAAUAAACAAAUGUUAAAAAUUUUCAUGAUGCAAAUGUUGACUUUCUAUCAUGUAAACAAGUCCUGUAGUCUCUCCCUUACAAGAGUAACAUUAUCAGUUUGUUUGGGACAACUAAACGGUAGUCUGCAACCCUAAGCAUUGUGGAUGAAGGCCUUAGGUUGAAACAUCUGGGUUUUUUUUUUUCAUCUACAGAACUUAAACAAUAUUUUAAUCUAGCUGUUAACUUUAAAGCAGAUGGCUUUACUUGACCCAUUUGUUUAUUUUCUCAGAAGUGAGUGUAAGCUUUAAAUGGCCAAGACUUUCUGUAAUUUAAUUUAGGUGACAGAAUGUUAAAGUUAUUUUUUUAUCAAUCUAAGUUGAAUGUGGGUGGUGUCAACGACAAGCAGUUCACCCUGGUAGAGUUGGUGGUGUUGUGGUUGGUGGUGGUGUGGUUGGUGCAUGGUAUUUUACUUUAGCUGACAGUGUUGCUUGCUUGAUUCAUUGUGAUAGACAGACAGUGGUUAUUGCCUACAUGUUGCUGAACUGUUUACAGAACCCACCAGGCACAUGUUGCUGAACUAAUGAUUUCACAUCCUACCAGGCACAUGUUGCUGAACUAAAGAUUUCAGAAUCUGCCUGGCACAUGUUGCUGAACUAAAGAUUUCAGAAACUGCUUGGCACAUGUUGCUGAAUUAAAGAUUUCACAACCUACUAGGCACAUGUUGCUGAACUAAUGAUUUGAGAACCUGCUUGGCACAAGUUGCAGAACUAUUUUCACAACGUACAAGGCACAUGUUGCUGAACUGUUUUCCGAACUGAAUGGCAAAACCCUUACAGCAGAUACCAGAAAGAGUUUAUUCAGUUUUCCAAUGCCUGUGACUAUUUUGUUGUCCUUUUAUCACUCACAACAGUAUUAGUAACUUUGUAUUUUGCUCCAACGCUGGAAAAAUAAUAAUUUAUAAUUGUACUUCCACUUUAAGUUAAAAAUUGUACAUGAGCCUUUUAUUUAAACUUUUUUUUUUAACUUGUAGUAAAUACUUUCAUUAUGUAUAUAAAUAGGUCGAUCACUCACACUAAUAGAUAGCACAACACUGUUACAUUUGUCUAUGGUUCUUUAACAAACACUCAAAUGUAGCAGUGCUUUAUCUUGACAUUUAAACUCAUUUUGACCAACUUUAUGAUAUUGAACAACACCCUAUCAACCUGAAAAAAAGUUUAUAAAUCUUUCAAAUUAUAUUAUCUCCCUUCUUAGUGUUGAAGCUGAAACAUUAUCUACCCCUACUCUUUUGCUUGAAGAGGGCAUUGUAAAUAUAAUUGUUUGUAUAUCUUCUUCGAUAAAAGUAUUUGUUCCUCUGAAAUAAUCAGUUUCAUCUGUCAUUUUAAAAAAUAAAUAAAAGAAUAAAUGUUAAAAGUAAAAA